ACCAUGGCUGACAGAGCUGCUGCUGAAAGGGCUUGUAAAGACCCCAACCCCAUCAUCGAUGGCAGGAAAGCCAACGUGAACCUGGCGUACCUGGGUGCCAAGCCGCGGAUAAUGCAGCCAGGUUUUGCCUUUGGUGUCCAGCAGCUUCAUCCAGCUCUCAUACAAAGGCCUUUUGGGAUACCUGCUCACUAUGUCUAUCCACAGGCUUUUGUGCAGCCUGGAGUGGUAAUUCCCCAC